AUGAACAAAUGUAGGUUAUCAGCAACGAGAAAGUGAUUGCCUUAACUAUUUAAUCUUCAAAAUAUUAUUCACCAGCUAUGUUUAACUGGGCAUUAUUUAUUGCACUUGCCAUUUGCCCAAACCAAUUGAAUUCAUGCAUCCCGAUUUUGCCAGACCCAUUAGCUACCAAAAUUGUAAAGCUUCCAACUACACCGAAAAGUGCUCAAAUGGACGCAUUUCUUUAUGAAACUUCUCAAAAGAAAUGCACAACUUGUGGAACAACGACUAAACCAGUGCGCGUGAAGCCAGUGCUAACUACAACUCCGGGAGCAACAACUGUGACCACCACCACAGCUCCAACUACAACCAAGGCUCCGGAUUGCACGACCACCACAGCUCCAACUACAACCAAGGCUCCGGAUUGCACGACCUGCUCACAAGACAUUCUUACCGAUCCGAUGCUCGCUAACGUCCAUUGUGCCUCAACUGGAAGUACGGUAAAUGGUUGUGCUACUCUCCAGAUAUUUUGUGAAAAUAUGGGUUGCGAGACGGCUGAGCUUUAUAUUAGAAGUGAAUCAGGCGUUGUUACCAGGACGGGCAGUAGUACUGGUAACGAAACCGAUACUGAAUUGCGCUGCCAAGCGGAUGGGGUAUGGCAGGAUGGUGCAGCGCAACGCGGCGUUGAAGUGACACUGAAGCUUGUAACACCAUGCUGAGAAUAAUCUUGGGAAUUUAAUUCAGUUUUGCUAUUUUAUAAUAUAAUAAAAACUUAUAGACAUCAA